AACUCGGAGAAACCGCACUUUAUUGUUUAUCCAUUCUCGACUCUAUUUUCUCGCAAAAUAUCAGAAAAUGGCAUCGACUAGUGCAGUAGCAGUCCGAGUCUCGAACAUAAACGGACUUAGUGACCGGAAAAACCCUAGCCUUACAUCGUUUCCUCCAGGUAACCUGAGCUUAAAUACAAAUCCAGCUGGGAAGCACCAUAAAUCUUUUUCUGGGAAUUGGAAAUCCAGACAUAGCAGUAGAUCUCUCUGUGUACAUGGCCUUUUUGGAGGAAAGGACAAAAAUGAAGAGAGUGAUGGUGCACCAUCAAAGGCAGGAAUCCUUGGGAACAUGCAGAAUUUAUAUGAGACCGUGAAGAAGGCACAGAUGGUUGUCCAAGUUGAGGCAGUUAAGGUGCAAAAGGAACUUGCUGCUGCAGAGUUUGAUGGCUAUUGUGAAGGAGAGCUGAUUAAGGUAACACUAUCCGGGAACCAACAGCCUGUACGUACAGAGAUCACUGAGGCUGCGAUGGAAUUAGGUCCAGAAAAACUCUCUCUUUUAGUUAAUGAGGCAUAUAAGGAUGCACACCAAAAAAGUGUCCAGGCCAUGAAAGAAAGGAUGAGUGAUCUUGCUCAAAGCUUAGGAAUGCCACCAGGCCUCAGCGAAGGAUUAAAGUAAAGGUCUUUUCCUCUCAUACUGAAGUAAGCUUAAAUUUUGUAAUUGAGCCUAUCACAGGUGCUCAUUUUUAGUGUGACACGAGAUCUUCUGUCUUGUUUAUCCUAAUUAUUCUUUUGAUUUAAUGAGAGAAAUAUUUGGAACUUGUUAUCUUUGUCAUUAUUUCUAUAAAAGUGCUUCUUGCUAAA